AUGGUGCGGCACAGCGUUCGUGUGCGGCUGCAGCCUCGUUCCAGCGUUGAUGGCCCCAUUGCCGCGCCAUCUCCUGUGCACGGGCGGCCUGUUCAGAGGAGCAUACGUCUACCGGCCAUGUUUGUGCAUGCAGACCUCCGCUCACUGUUGCCGCAGCCCUUCUUGCCCGUAGCCGUUUUCAUUGCUCAGAUUGAGUAUAGCUUCUCCAUUGUGGCAGCCAUGCUCCAUGCAGUCCGCACGGAAGAAGAUGUGGACAAGCUGGCAUUUGUUUGGGUGGUCAUCAUGAUGUGCUACCAUGCCAACAUGGCGGAUGUUCCGGAGGCUCGCUGUGUGGGUCUUGCUCCAAACCUCGCCAGCUGGUUUCCUUUGCGUUUUGGCAGUGGUAUGUUCUUCUUUCUCGGCCGUCAAUGUGGGGACAUCCAUGCGGAGUCCAGCAACACCACUUGGAGAUUGCUCCAAACCUUCGGUGAGAGUUGGAAAUCUAUUGCUGAGCCGCAGCAUAUUGCUUUGUCUCCUCACCUGUGCUCUGGGAGGAACAUGGUUUGUCGAGCAGCCAUCCUCUUCCCGACUUCCAUGGUUUCCACGUUGGGAGGAUAUGGUGCUCAUGAUGCGUGUAUGGAGGGUGGGGUGGUGGAGCCGGCACUACGGCUCGCUGAGCCCGAAUCUUGCAUUGGAUUGGUAGCAAGGAAACGUCACCGGGGAUGGUCGAAUUCCCGUGAGAUCUAUGCCUUGGACCGUGGACGCCUCCAUAGAGAGCUAUCCUAUAGCUUUUGGACUGAAAGUGCAAAGUCUCCUGCCCCGCCUGAUUGCUUCGAGUUCCGGCCAGCCGAAGAUUCCCUGCCCUCCGCCCAACACGGACGGCUGGGAUCUGCUCAAGUGGUGGAUAUGGCUGCCAAACCUGCUACUGUGGUCUUGCAGCAGCAGCGAGAGCAGAUCAGCGCGCAGCUUGCAGAGCUCAGCAUAGAGGAUUUGCAGAAACUGCUGGAGGUUGAGUGGCUAGAAGCCAAGGAGGAGAGCGCUCAUGCACCUGCAGUAGAACCUCUUGCGGCUCCAAAAGUUGAGUUGGGACGUGCUGGCGAUGGUUCUGCCGAAUCGUCAUCUUCGCAGCCAUGUUUCCCUGCAGACUCCUUCCCAGCCACUGAGAUUGCAACCCAGAAGUCUCUCGCUCAACUUGAAGCCUCGAGCUUGCCGGCCGCAGAAGCAGGAAGUGAUGAGGACCCGACUGUGCUGGAUGUGUCUUCGGAUGAAUCUGAUUCUGAGACGGGUCGUAUUCGACGAGCUGCCACGCUGCAGCUUGGUCAGACAGAUGAUGACCUUCCUGAGCGGUCAUCCCGUCCAGUCUUGACAGCUGCUGAAAGGGCAGAGAUUGCGACCUGGCCUGAUUCCCACCCCCGGGAAGACACUUUUGGUUUCUCACAAGUAUCUACUCCGGAGAUCGCAACUCCUGCCAGUGCUGCAGCCCUGGUACCUGAGCAGAAGGCUAUGAUGACAGCAGUGAAGGCUCAGCCACCAAAGCCUCCUGCGACAAUCCCGGCUCAUGACUUGGAGAUCGAAGAGAUGCAGAAGAAAUAUGCUGACUUGCAAGCCCAAUUGGCAUUGGUGCAGGCGGCUUUGCAGAAGAAGGAAAACCAAAGUAUUCCUUGCCAUUCCCCUCCUGUGCAGAAGCCCGUCUUCACACCAGAGGCCAGUUCCACAUCAAUUCCAAAGAUGGCUCCCGCCACAAGGACUCCGGCCGAAAGGUUGCCAAAGGCUGUUGCUGCGGUGCCCUUGGCUGCAGGAAAGGCUCCUGAGCCAAAGGCAGCUGCUUCAUCCCCUGUCAGCACACCUGCUUCCAUCCCUGCCCGCAGUAUUGAAGUGUCGACGCCGCCCCCUGUGGCAGCUGCCGCUCACCCACCCCCAACGCCACCCACUGCGCCAGCUAGCACCCCUUCAGCCCCUGGGAGCCUUGGUGCUGGAGCCGUUGAGCUGUCCGAGAAAGAGCUCGAUGAGUUUUACUCCUUGGAUUCCGAGGAUGGCAUUGCGGAGUUUCAAGCACAAUUGGUGAAGAUCAAGGAGGUCAGCCGGGCCCGCGAAGAGGAGGUCGAGGGCGGCUGGUAUACCGAGGAGAGGAUGGAGAAGGAUCUGGGCUAUUCAAAGGCCUUUCGGUACGACUCCAACCAGUCGGAAUAUUUUGUCCAGACGUCAGACACCGUCAAGGUGAAGCGCGCUGACUUGGACAAGUGGAUGCAGGCCAGCGAUGCAGGAGACGAGGGCAUGCCGGACAAGCUGGACCACAUGAAGCUGAUGGAUGGGGUUCCUUCCCAACCUUUGCCUGAUGGUGCCAUCGGAAGUGUACCCCUGGAUAGCAUGGCCGAGAUCAAGGAGAACCUGAAACAGUUCACGGAAGCCACCCACUGCAAGGCCAGCCAAGUGGUGACGUGGAUCCAAAACGUGGAAGUCUCCGCGACGGACCGGAGCAACAAGUUUGUAGCGGAUAUGAAGCAAUUGCUGGAUGCUUUGGAACCAGCUUUUUUGAAGCUGGCAGAAUGCCAGCACGCCUUGGACACGAAGGGAUCCGAAAGAUCAUCGCAGAAGCAAAGGCAGCCGCCCGUGACCCGCACCUUGUUGGCAUUGUGCGUGAAGAUCCUGGCCGCUGAGCAUCGCUACAAGCUGCUGGCAGGAGAGUUGAAAAAGCCGCUGAACAAGCGCCCCAGGGAGGAAGGACACCAGGCCCUGCCACCUGCUCCAGAGGCUUCUCCAGGUGACGAAGGCAAUGCGCCGAAGAAGCCUCGCAGCAAAGCAAAGGCGAAGAGCAAGCCUUCCUGA